ACUCAUGAAUUUCGUAAACAGCAUUGUCUUGUGAGCCGUUAACUAUAAUUUUAAUGUUGUCUUCAUUUCUUUGCUUGGCUUCAUGAUUUUUUAUGAGCUUAUGAAAAUUCAGAUGUGCAAGCCUACUGAAGUUGAUUAUUUUCGCUAUGCAAAACUCAGGAAAAAUUAAAAUAGCUGACUUGAACAAACUUUUGACCUGCAAGCUGUGCAAAGGAUAUUAUAUUGAUGCAACAACAAUUGUAGAGUGCCUGCACUCCUUUUGCAGGACAUGCAUUUUGAGGUAUUUACAAAUUUGUGAAUGUUGUCCAACCUGCCAUGAAGAGAUUACAAGGCCAUCAGCAUUUAUUAGACCUGAUCCUACCCUGCAAGACAUAGUGUACAAGUUAGUUCCUGGUUUGUUUAAAGAUGAAAUGAAGAGACGUAGAGAUUUUUAUUCACAGCAAAAUCCUCAAGGUAAGUCAAUUCAAAGUUCCAUUCCUUCUUCCAGUGAAAAACGUGGUGAUGUAUGGGGUUGCGAUCGACUUAUUUUUACUCCAGAAGAUAUCAUUAGUGUAUCUAUAGAGUAUUAUAAUGCAAAUCCAUCUCUUCCUUUAAGUUUACCACGAAGUAUCCAAAAAUUCGAGGUAUGUUCUUUGUUUUUUUUAUAUUUUUUGUGGAUAUUUAUGCUGUUAGAUAGCUUAGAUUCAAGUAAUGAAAGCAAAAAUCAAACACAUCGUCGUUAUCUUCGUUGUCCUGGUGCUGUAACUGUAUGUCAUUUGAAAAAGUUUUUAAGGUCAAAAUAUGGACUGAAUCCUGGUGAAAAAUGCUCCUGGAAUUCAAAGGAAAAAGGUGGUAGCCAGUAG